AUGAGCUUCUUGAUUGCCCGUGUGUUUGUGCUCACGCUUUUGGCCACUUGCGUACAAGGCUUGGACAUUCUUGGAGGCGCAUCCCAGCACCGCCACAAGCACAAGCAUCACAAGCACCACCACAAGCAGCACAAAGCUUCGGCCGCUGUGAACUCCACAGCAAGUGCUCCGCCAGCAGCACAGCUUCUGCAGGCCAGCCUGCCAGCUGUUCCCCAACCGAGCCAACCCAGCACAGCUACAGCCACUCAGCAAGAGCCCCAACGUGCAGUGCCUAGCCAGUCCUUGGCCAUUUUCGACAGCGAGGCGCAACAGGCUUUGCCUGCCAUCGUUGAUGACGUUCGCAAGGCGGCGGGUCACAAAGCACCGUUGGAUGAGCUCAAGAAAACGCACGACUCCGAAACGAAGCUGCUGGAAGACCAGGAGGCCCUGCUCAAGGCCGAUCAAACUGGCUUGGACAAGAGCGUGCUACAGCAGCAGGUGGAGUCCACGAAGGCGAUGCUUCAAAACUUGGACAACCAGAUUGCCUCCAAGCGCCAGGACGCCGUGAACAUCUUGGGAAAGGCACUCUCGGACGCCCGCACAGCUUUGGCGCAGGCUUCAAGCGAGGAGACUGCGCAGCAGGCUGCGGCCAGACUGGCUGUGCAGCAGGUGCAGGCUGCCCAGAAGCAGGAGGUGAAUGCAAAGAAGGUCAUCGAUGAAGCUCAGAAGGUCCUGGAUGUCUUCGGCGGCUCACCAGCCCCUACAGUCACUGCGGUCGGCCUAGCUCAGGAGCCAGGCGAAGCAAAGGGGCGCCUUUCCGGUCUCAUUGGCUCUGCAGCGUUUCGGCUCAGCAUGGCACAGAUGGAGGAGACCGAAGGCUCGGACCUUGAACCGCCGCUUCUGUCAAGCCGCCUGCAGUUCCCUGGGAACCCCGCUGCCCAGUGGUUCCCGCAGUGGUUCAGCCGCCGGCUUCUCGGCCUUCUUUACCUCGGCCUUCUCUGCCUCGGCGUCUCUGGGCUUUCGAAGCUCGGAGCCCUCCCGUCUUCUCCCCUCUCUUCUGACCCUUCGCCUUUGGCUUCGGCCACUGCUUUGGCCUCGUCUUCGUUGCUGCCAAAGGUGGCCGUGGUUCCCUAUGGAGUCCUCGGCGUGCAGCUGGACAUGUCCCAUCAUGUUGUGCCGGCUGCACGAGAGCCUGCUGCAGAUACUGUUGUGGUUGAUCCAGCUGGGCUGCGGUUCAUCCAAGACCUUGGGCCAGCAGGUGCAGGGGGGGCAUCGGGUGCAAUCUAUUCGUGGCUGAAGAUCGGAUUGGAUGCACAUUUUCCGCACGAUGUGAGGCAGGCCGUGCGGCAGGAAGGCGAUGCUAAAAUACACACGUAUGGUCAAAAGCAUGUCAUCCAUGUCGUGGGCCCAGAUCUUGGUGUCAUGUCUAUGUCCACUCCUGCCACACGUGCAAGUGCAGUGGACAAGCUUACAGUCGCGUAUAGGCACAUUCUGGAAGAGUUCCUCUCCUCGGAAUCCCCACGACUUCGCUUGCUUCCAGUUUCCGGGGGUAUUUUCGCAGGACCGUUUCAAAAGGAUUUGCCUGCCAUGACGUUUGCAUCCUUGGACGGUGCAUUUCGAUCCCUGCCUCCGGCGAGUCAGAGACGUCUCUUGCGCACUGAGACGAAGAUCAGCCUUUGUAUCUUCGACCAGCGGUGCGAAUGUUUCGAGGAAGAGGUCGAAGGAGAGGGACGACCACUCAACUGGACCUACGUGGGUGAAGGAAGAGGCAACUGGGCACAAAGCAAACAGCUCGAGUUUGUUGGAGAGGGCAAAGGCGACUUCAUCAAGGAACGUGUCCCUUCGUCGCGGGGGAACUGCAGGCUUUUUUUCGGCUUUGGCGGCUGCAUUUGCUUGUUCUUUCUGGUGCCGUUGCUGCUUUGGUUGCUCUUCUUCAGAACUCACCACUCCAUGCCGGGUGCUGACGUGCUCUUCCAGCCAGUGCGGAUCUGCCAGUAUCCGGCUUCUGGUCCGGAAGCCGCAGGAGCCGCCCUCAUCCUCGAGUCGUGGGCGGUGCUCGAUGUGGAUGCUGACGGCUACCUGCCGCUCUCUAGCCUUCCGCUGUGGCACUCAGAGAACCUGUUCUCGGGCGCAGCGAUCGGUGCCCUGAACGAAACAGACGCCGCGAUGAUGGACAACGAUGCUUACGUGCAGGCGCUGCUGGUGGGAGGUCGAGGUCUGGGAGGUCUUGCAACACCGGACGCAGACCGGUGGUGCAAUGGGGCUUGGAUCCUCGCAGACAAGAAUGGCGACAACCUGGUUACCAAGUCGGAGCUGGGAACGCUCCAGCGGGAUGGGUCGUUCAAGGACAGUCUCGGCAAGCAGCUCUUCACUGCCGACGGAAACGGCGACGGCGCGCUGACGCGUGCCGAGUUCCAGACUGGCCUUGCCACAGUUGCCAGCACCUCGUCCAGUGACAUCGGGACUCUCUACCAGGAAGUGCGUUCAAAGUACUGGCUUACGACAAAGCGCCAGUAUUGCUGCAACAUGCAGGGCAUCUGCUCCUUCGAGGGGCCGCCGGUGACACCUACGACAGAAACAACCACAGAGGGCCCAUCAUACGACUGUCAUGAAGACUAUGACAAUAGACUGAGCUGGCCGGAGCAUAAGCGAGCAUGGUGCUGUGCACGCUAUCAUGUGGCUUGCUUCGAUGCUCCGAAAGAGCUGUACCACUGCGACCAUGGCUAUGGCGCCUGGCAGACGACGUGGUCUCCCCACAAGAAGGCGUGGUGUUGCUUCCACCUUGGCAAAGGCUGCGACUUCCAUUACGGCCAUUCUCACACUCACUACUACGUCGUCCACCAUGCAGCCUACGAUUGCCAAGCAGGCUUAUCCAACUGGAAGGCUGGCUGGUCGGAGGACAAAAAAUCAUGGUGCUGUCAGCACGAAGGGACUGGAUGUGUUGCUCAAUUCGACUGUCACGCUGGCCUCGCCAACUGGGAAGCUGGAUGGUCGCCACACAAGAAGUUAUGGUGCUGUUCUCACUUCAGCCUUGGCUGCCCGGAAGAAACGCCCAAGCCAUUCGACUGCUUGGCUGGGCUCUCCAACUGGCAAGCAGGGUGGUCGUCCGAGAAGAAGUCAUGGUGCUGCACUCACGAGGGCAAGGGAUGCGAGAGCGGGUCGGGGAUGGGUGUAACUGGACGCUCGCAUGCCCGAAGAACGGGUCUUAGAACUCUGAGUGCCCGUAGCUCACAGUGGAUGCAGCACAAUGGCAUCGGUGACUUUAUUGAGACUGCAUCCUGUGCCGUGUUCUUCGAGCACCGCCGCUGUCCAAGACACUGCGGCGCACUCUUCACUGGCAAGGAAGCAGCACGACAUCUAGCUCACGAGUGUCCCAAUCGGGAGGAGAUUUGUCCAUAUGGGUGCGGUGACCGACUGUUUGGACAUGAAAUUGACGACGGUGGAGAACAUCCGCCGGAGUGUCCAAUGAACCUGGCGCUGGCGAAGGUGGAAGCUGCUCUUGAAGCAUCUGCAGUGAAGGAUUACCGGCUUGCGCUGGAGAAUGUCUAUGUCGAGCGUGACCGGGCACGAGCGCGCUUUAAAGCUCGUGGCGAGAGAGAUCCCGGUCCUGUCUUCACGACUCCUGGAUGCCAGCAGCGAGUCCGAAGAGUGGAAGCCGAGGGCCUGAAUUUGCUCACCCGAGCCCGGAGAGCCUCCAAGGAGAGACUUCAGUGGGUUAUUGCUUUGGCAGCUUUGGGACCAGGAGAUGGCACGGCUGCAUCGCAAGUGCCUCCGGGUGCGGCAAGAUAUUGGGACACCAUGGACGUCAGCAAGGAGUACACGCGCUCUUCGCGUCCCUGGGACAUGAGCGCGCCUAUUCUAGACCCGCUGCUGCAAACCUUGCAAGAUGCGAGGAUUUGCGGUGCGGACAGUAAGCUUCGACGAAAAGCAGAGGCUCUUCUGUUUAUGGCAGUCCGUCGGUGCCUGGAGGCUGCAUUGGUGACAGAAGUGAGCAGAGGUGAUGCCGUGCGUGAGUCCCUGCUCAUUGCAGACGAAGCCAUGGAGGUCUGUGAACUGGAGGAUUGCGGAGACUUGCGCGACCUCUGCGCCCUCGCCGAGAAGGAGGUGCUGCGAACGACAUUGAGAAGCCUCCAGACCACCUGCAAGGAAUUCCACCAGGCGGUGAAGGAUGGUGACAUCGAGCUUGCCAAGUGGCUGCUGGACAGAGAGAAGGCAAAUCCUUCUAUCACCGACCCGGAGACGGGCAUUCCGCCUUUGGUGAUGGCUGUCAAGGCCGGAGACAUUGCGAUGUGCGAGCUUCUUCUGGAUCGCGGUGCCGACGUCGAUGCGCGCUGCAGCUCGGACGGUACUUCCUCCCUACACUGGGCCUGCCACAGCCGGACAUUCCGAGUUGUCAAGCUUCUGCUAGAACGGCGCGCCAAUCCGCGACUCCAGGACAAGCGCGGUCACGAUCCACUUGUGAAGUUGGUCAGGAGAGACUUCUCAAGUCCAGCGGAUGCCUGCGUCCUGUCAUGGCAGCAGCAAGCUUCUCACCGCUUGGCUGGCCCCGAGCUCGAGGGCUGCGGCGGCUUCAUGACAAUUGAGGCUGCAAAGGUGGCGGCAGAGAGUUGUGAUUGCGUGGGCUUCUCUGUCCACGAGCUGGUUGCUGGGGCGGAAUGGUCUGAGGAGUGUUUCCACAUCACGAUGCACGGUCCUGGAUGUGCGUCCGCCAUUCCAAGCAAUGUGGCAACAACAGAGGACGAGGCCUCCGAUCUCGUGUGGUCGCAUCUCGAUGCCGCAUGGACCUCCUUCCUAAAGGUCAAGAACGAUCCUGCCCAUGAUGUCUCUGCACUUCUUGCAGUAGGGGCCGAUCCCUGCUCAGAGGAUCUGAAGGGCUUGACAGCUUUGCAGCACCAUCUCCUGACAGCACCCGGUGGUGGCUGUGCUGCCUGCGUCUCCGCGCUGCUUCGAGGUGGUGCCGAUGUGAACCAUCGAGACAUCGGUCGUCAAGCCACACCCUUCAUCCUCGCCAUCCAGACCAAGCGGACGGACUUGGUUCGCUUGAUGCUCAAGUCUGCAUGGCCAACUCCUGAUGUUGACUGCAAGGCUCCUGAUGGCACCUGUGCCCUCGCUCUGGCAACAGCACUUGGAGCUCGGGAGAUUGCGGACAUGCUCCGAAAGGCAGGUGCUUCUGAUUGGGCCGAUGCGGAGCUCAGACUGGGCAGCAGGACUAUCUUCACGUUCGACACCAGAAACCCCCCAGUGAACAAUUGA